AUGGCUCGUCCAAAAAGCACUCCUAAAAGAUCGCCUCAACAAUCAAUUCAUGGGAAAAAAAUCUUCGUGGUAAAAAGAGCUGGUGGCGGCAUCAAUAAACCAAAAAAUAAUAAGCCCAGCUACUCGAAAUCAAACAAUGGAUCAACAAAUUCCAACACUCGAAUGGCUACCAAAACAGUUCGGAAACCUGGUGGUACAGGUGAUGCUUUGAAAUUGAAAUCCCACAGAUAUCGUCCUGGAACUGUUGCCUUGAGAGAAAUUCGUCGAUUUCAAAAAAGUACGCAAUUAUUGAUUCAUAAAUUACCUUUCCAACGUUUAGUUCGUGAAAUUGCUCAAGAUUUCAAAGCUGAUCUACGUUUUCAAACAUCGGCAGUUCUAGCUUUGCAAGAGGCUGGUGAAGCCUAUUUGGUUAGUAUUUUUGAAGACGCGAAUUUAUGCUCCAUUCAUGCCAAACGUGUAACGAUCAUGCCUAAAGACAUUCAAAUUGCGAUGAGACUUCGUAGUGGAAGAUGA